GUGACGCCCCGCCCCUCUCCCCGGAUCGGGCCGUGACGGGAUGGAGGGUGGCGGUGGGGCAGACGCGGCGCCCGGCGCGGGACCGGAACAGGGACCGGGACCGGAGCCAGAACCAGAGCCAGAGCCGCGCGUCAUGCUGCCGUCAUUGGAGCCGGGUGGACCCUUCGGCUACCUGCACGUCCUGUGGCAGCGGGAGGAGCCCGCGGGCAAGAUCCCGGCCCGCCGCCUGCGCAGGGCCGCCCGCCUGCACCGCCGGCUGGGGCCUACGGGCAAGGAGGCGUACGCUCUGAAAAGACUGCGUGAGGCUGCCAAUAGCAAUGAUUUGGACACAGUGCAGCAACUCUUGGAGGAUGGAACAGACCCCUGUGCUGCGGAUGACAAAGGCCGGACAGCCCUGCACUUUGCCUCCUGCAAUGGCAACGAUCACAUUGUGCAGCUGCUUCUGGACCAUGGGGCUGACCCAAACCAGAGAGAUGGGCUGGGCAACACUCCGUUACACUUGGCUGCCUGCACGAACCACGUUCCUGUCAUCACCACGCUGCUGCGCGGAGGGGCCAGAGUUGAUGCCUUGGAUCGAGCUGGCAGAACCCCACUGCACCUCGCUAAAUCAAAGCUGAAUAUCCUGCAGGAAGGACUCUCCCACAGCCUGGAGGCCGUACGCCUUGAAGUGAAACAGAUCAUCCAGAUGUUGCGGGAAUACCUGGACCGUCUAGGGAGGCAUGAGCAAAAGGAGCAACUGGAUGACCUCUGCUCCAGGCUACAGAUGACUAGCACAAAGGAGCAGGUGGAUGAGGUUACAGACCUCCUGGCCAGCUUCACRUCACUCAGCCUGCAGAUGCAGAAGAUGGAGAAUACGUAAUGGGCUUCCAAAUCACCUUCCUGAUGCUGCAGAAGAAGCCUUAAAGAGAAGAAAGGGAAGCUGAAGUUUGCUUCCCAGAUUGCUGACUAAACAUUUCUGCUAGGAGCCAAUACUGUCAGACUGACUCUCCAGUGAUGCUCAGACUCUCCAGUGAUGCUCAGUCCCUGUUGGUGCGGCCACAGCUGUCCCAUGGGGAAGCAACAGGCUUUGCACAACAGAGCAACAGAGAAGAGUGUUGCAGCUGUGACUUUUGGGUAAAAGAGCUGCUCUACUUUUUACCAGAUGGGCUGGCAAUGAAUAGGGUACCCUUUCCAGCGGUAUAUUGCCUUCUCCUAAGUAUGUAACUCAAUGUAGGUGGUGGUCAAUGCCAUGUGCAGUCACCAGCCCCGACUAGUGCAUUCAGCAGCUAGCCAGCAUCACAGAAAUGCUUGGAAGAGRCACCUUUUGCCACCUCCAUACUGCCCAAUUGCAUGAGGGAGAUAGCGAAUGCCUUGAACAGCAGAAGGCUUUGUGCUAUGAGAACACACUUUUAACUCUGCAUGCUAGAAGCUGAGCAAACAUACUGCCUUGAGAAAUGUGCGCUAGCGUAAUCCUCAUCUCAGAGCCUGCUUUCACAGGGCAAAGAAUGUGUCUGGUUACAAAUGGGAUACAAAGUUUUCAUGGCUAGACUAACAGCUUUCACUGGACCCAUUUUUUAAGUCCCUGCUGUCAGUGCUUAAAUAUUACAGUGUAUCACUUGCAAAAAAUMCCCAGGUACACUGCUAGCAGGUCAGAGCUGCCCUGAUGAGAGGAUAAUGAUAGGAGGGUGACAGUCUUAGCACAGUUCUAGGCAGACAUCUACUUCUUGCAAAAAAACCCCACAAUAACUAACUUCUGUGUUUUUUGUUGCUGGCAGUCUCAGGCAAGAGGUCCAGUUGUGACAGGAGGUAUUGUGCAUUCAUAUUGUGCAAUAAUAUUGUGUAUCGGGCUGGGGUGGAGGUGGAUUUACCUCUGCCUCAGCAGCACCAAACCCACUGCUCAGCCAUGCUGUGUCUCUUGCUUGUCAUGGAGAGCCUUAAAUGCAGUGUGAGAAACAAAUUAUGGCUUAUGCUGGGAACCUGAAGUGAUGCAGCUGUGAAGGAUGAAGGGAAAUGCUCUUGCUGCUCUCUUGCUUCUUAACCCACUGUGGUUAGCAAUGAAGAUUUAGAUUGCUUUGUUUUGGAGCAGGGAUCCGUGAAAUCUCAUUGGUAGGAUACCAACAGCAACAAGGUAACAUGAACAUGCCCAAUAGUAAUCUGAGUUCCCACCUGUGUACUGCACCGUGGUGUGCUGGUAGCUAUACCCAUCCCACAGCUUGGAAGUCACUGUAUUAGGAUUCAGCUUAAACAUGCAGCAGCCACAGUUUGAAACAUUUUUCAGAGACCUUUAGGUCAGCAUGCACUCUGAUAUCUGCCUCUUAUCCAGGAAGAGGCUAAGUGGACCUCUGUUCAAAGCUGAGAUACCAGGAAUAGGCAUGGCUUUUAGAUGCGUUCAUCUGUGGAGUGCUGGAGGACACAACUAGGGCCAACAAUCUCACAGCUGAGCUGGAGCUGUCACUGUGCAUCUUGACACUUCAUUUUGAUAUGCUGGAUAGGAAGGAUGCCGAGAGGAUGGGAGACAAUCUGACCUUUUUGUAUUUUCAACUUCAAUAAAAUCCUGUCAACCUUUUACAAUUCCUCA